AUGCCCGACAGCCUCUUUGGCUCCGACUCGGACCCCGACACCGACCUCGACCACGACCCUGCCCUCACCGACGACUCGCCCUCGACCCUCGCCUCGUCGUCCCCACCUCCGAUCCCUGGCCUGUUCGUCCUCCACCACGCCUUGCCUCAGCACCUGCACGACCACCUCGCCCAGCACCUCUCGGCACACGUCUGGGCAGGCCACUCGGACCAGGUCAUGCUCUUUGAGCGCCCCUCCUCCUCGUCCUCGACCCUCCCUCCCUUCCUCGACCCUCUCCUCGCCUGGCUCCCCUCGGCCCUCUCGUUCCUCCCACCCGACGUCCAGCACCUCGUCCUCGACUCGCCUCUCCCGCGCCAGGCCAUCCUCAACCUGUACCGCCCAGGCCAGGGCAUCUCCCCUCACGUCGACCUCCCCACCCGCUACACCGACGGCAUCGUCGCCAUCUCGCUCCUCAGCUCGACCGUGUACGACUUUCGUCCCGCCACCGCCCCGCCGACCGCCCCGCCGACAUACGCGCUCCGCGUCCGCCCGAGGGACGUCGUCGUCCUGUCGGGUGACGCGCGCUGGCACUGGUCGCACGGCAUCGCGUACCGCGACGAGGACGUCGUCGCCGACGAGGAGGGCGAGCCCAUGGUGCUACGCAGGGGGACCCGCAUGAGCGUCACGCUCAGGAGGAUGCGCGAGGGCGCUCAUGUCGUCGGGCCUGAGCGCUGCGUCGACGACGAUGAGGGCGGGCGUGGAUCCUGA